UGAAAUCAUCGCCUCGACAAAAAAAAAAGAAAAUAAACCUGGUCAAUAGCUAUUGCCGGUUCUGACGAUGAGUGAUAAAAAUAUCCGUAGACGGGUUAUAACACCCACAAGUGAUCCUCAGAAUACGGAUCCAUUGUUGCGACAGCGUGGCUCUACCCAUGGCGAUGAUGAGCAACCCAAUGCCUGUGAACGUGCCUUCAUUGAACGCCAUAAGAUCAAAUGGUAUUGGGCUCCAGCUCUAUUUGCUUUUUGGCUAUUUCUUUAUUGCGCCAUUUCCAUACCUGCCUGUCAUCAAUUGCCACGCCCAUUGACAAUCGCAGAGGAGGCCAAAUAUCCGGAACGUUUUAUUGCCGAACGCGCGGAAAAGAAUUUGCAGUCAUUGGUCGAACUAGGACCACGAGUGGUGGGCAGUAAACAAAAUGAAAUGGGAGCUGUCAAAAUUCUAAGUACCAGAAUGAAUAAAUGGCGCACAGAUUCCAGUCCAAUUCAUGAUAUCGAAGUCGAUAUUCAGGUGGCAUCCGGAGCCUAUGUCCAUUGGUCCAUGGUCAAUAUGUAUCAGAGCAUACAGAACAUUGUGGUCAAAGUUAGUCCUAAGGGAACGAAUAGUACAAAUUAUUUGCUAGUCAACAGUCAUUAUGAUUCGGUGCCAGCUGGUCCUGGAGCUGGUGAUGAUGGCGCCAUGGUGGCCAAUAUGAUGGAAGUCAUUCGUGUGUUGGGCAAAUCAAAGAUACCUCUCAAGAAUCCUGUAGUCUUUCUGUUCAAUGGAGCCGAAGAGAAUCCUCUGCAGGCUUCGCAUGCCUUUAUCACUCAACACAAAUGGGCCAAGAAUUGCAAAGCUUUGAUCAAUUUGGAUUCAGCUGGCAGUGGUGGACGUGAAAUUCUCUUCCAGUCGGGACCUAAUCAUCCUUGGCUAAUGAAGAGUUAUCGCCGUGCCAUCAAGCAUCCCUAUGCCUCAACCAUGGCUGAGGAAAUGUUCCAGCACAAUUUCAUUCCAUCCGAUACUGAUUUUCGCAUCUUUCGUGAUCAUGGAGCUGUUCCUGGUCUGGAUAUGGCCUAUCAGUAUAAUGGUUAUGUUUAUCACACAAGCUUUGAUCGUGCUGAGAUUAUUCCACGUGGAAGUUUCCAAAACACUGGCGACAAUCUCUUGUCCCUGGUCCGUGAAAUUUCCAGUGCUCCAGAACUCGAUGAUACUUCGAAAUAUUCCGAGGGACACACGGUUUACUUUGAUGUGAUGGGCUGGUUCUUGGUCUUCUAUACCGAAGUCGAGGGCAUUAUCCUAAAUGUGAUUGUGUCCUUGGCAACUUUGGGUGUGUUGGCCUAUGCCAUUAAGCUUAUGUCCGUGAGCUCGGGCAUUAAGCUGGAGAAGAUUCUGCGUCGUUUAUUGCACACAUUUGGUGUCCAGGUCCUUGCCGUGGUGGCUGGUGCCGCUUUAACUCUCUUCAUUGCUGUCUUUUUGGAUUUGGUGCAUUUGCCCCUGUCAUGGUUUACACAUUCCUGGCUUAUAUUGGGACUCUAUUUCUGUCCCUUCUUCUUUGGCAUGGCCAUUGUGCCAGCCCUAUAUUUCCAUUACACAAAAGAUGAUAAACUUCCACUUGGCCAACGUGUGCAAUUGUUGUUGCAUUCGCAUUGCCUCUUCUUGGCCUUGCUUACCCUGGUCUUGACCAUCUGUGGCAUUCGUUCGGCUUUCGUGUUGAUGCUGACUUGCCUGUUCUACACCAUGGCCUUGAUCAUCAAUUUGGCCACCAAAUUGCAUACCAAAGAUGUUGCCUGGGUCAUUACCCACAUUGCUUGCGGUGUUCCUCCAUUUGUGUUCUUUGCCUACUUCUCGCACGGCUUCUUUGUCACCUUUAUUCCCAUGUUUGGACGUUUCGGACAGAAUGUGAAUCCCGAUUUGGUUGUGGCCGUGUUUAGUGUGGCUGUGGGUCUACUCACUUGUGGUUUCAUUAUACCCACAUUGCAUCUAUUCCGUAAAUCAAAAACCAUUAUCUGUGUUCUCUUGGGCAUCGCUGUAUUCUGCAUGAUUCUGGCGGUUACCCCAUUGGGUUUCCCCUAUCGCCCGGAGACAAGUGUUCAGCGAUUCGCUGUCCUUCAUGCCAAACGUACCUUCCACGAUGCCAGCAAUAAUGUACGUCGCCAGGAAUCUGGCUACUUUAUUAUGCCUCAGGAUAGACGCACUUACUCGGUGAAACAUAAUGUUAUCAACAUGACUUUAGCUCAAUCAGCUCACGAAGAUUGCCUCAAGGAAACUAUGUGUGGUCUUCCUUUGCAUAAUCAACGUUGGCAUAAGACUAGAGAAAACAGUUUAUGGAUUCCCGCCUCAGAGCCCAAAUUGGGUAAAAAUCUACCCACCGUUAAGAUUGUGUCUAAAAAGGAAAUUUCAUCCACUAAAAUACGCUAUGAUAUGACUUUAAGUGGUCCCGAUCAUAUGACUCUCUUUAUCCAACCCUUGGAAGGAGCCAAGGUCUCUGGCUGGUCUUUCCAUCAGGCUCCAUUGCGUCUAGGCUGGCAACCACCAUUCUUUAUCUACUUCUCGUGGGGCAUCAAUGAUGAUCCCCUCAAUUUCUGGCUGGAAUUUGAGAAACCCUCUGGUGAUUGGAAGAAGUCAACAUUUGAGCUUGGCGUCGGCGGUCAUUGGACACACGAAAGAGAACUAUUCACGGACGAUUUCAAAAAGUUUUUGAACAGUUUCCCCAAAUAUGCUGAUGCUGUACCAUGGCCGGCAUCGUAUGAGACUUGGAUCUACUAAGAUUCUUAAUUUUGUAAUACAAAAGUUUUAUAAAUAUUUAAUAAUAAAAGUCAAGAACUUGAAAAAUGUUCAAUCAA